AUGCAUCUCAAACCCUCAAGUUGAAUUGGAAAUGCAAUGGUCGUUGAUUUUAACGUCCUCACAAGUUCAAAUGACGCUGAAAUGAUUUCUGAGCAAUAACCAUAUGAAUUUGACAGAUGUACCAAUCUCCACAGCCCACCAUAACUGACCAAUAAUUUCAACUUCGCUGCAUCAAGAAUUCUGAAAACAUUCAAAUACUGCGAAGCACCAUUCACUUUUCAAUCCCCGAGUGGCGAUGAGAACUUAUCCAAGGGUGCCUUAAAGAACAUUUAAAAUCCAACCCGAGAUCUUGCAAGUUGACUCGUCAGCCUCGGGAGGUCUCCCAGAAAGGAAUGUUCCAUUCUCUCGAUAUGAACAGUACGAACAAGGACGAUCGUCAGAUUGUAGACCUUGAUAAACGAUACAUUUUGAUCUCAAAAAGUAUAGAGACAUUGGAGGCCGAACCGGCAGAAUAGUAGUGCACCGUUUCUGAUCUCGACAUAUGGCAACACUCUCAGCUCGACACCUUCAAACUCGCCAUCAUAAACUCCUCAUCAGACUUAGAGACAUCUGUCAGACUAUGCUAAUGGCUGGCCUCGGUCGCGGAACCCUUUAGAUGCCUAGCAUCUCUGAUCAAAGCGUUCCUGCAAAGCACAAUAAAUUUAGACCUCAGAAAACAAUCCCGGGAUUUGUCUCAACUAUUUCAGGACAUUUGAAUGCAAUGAUUUUUUAUGCUUGCCAAUGACUUAGGUUGUUGGUCUUCUCCUCCCAGUUUCAAGUGGUCCCAAAGUGGAAGUCAAGCCACAUACUCUCACGUGAUAAACAUCUCCAAGCCACAUCGCUUAACCGCUAGCGCAAAAAGUUGCUCCCACUGGGACCAAUUCUACAAUUUGCGGCAGGAGCAUAUCACGACUUUUUCAAUUUCAAUCAACGACCAACGACCAACGCCAAACGUCAAGAUGGUAAGUUACCCCAAAGACUCUCUCGCUCGAACCUGUUUCUACGGAUUGCUUCAAUCGAUGUUCCUCGAGGGUCUUGCUGCAUGGAAUUUAUGCUGGAAGAAGAUAAACGGCACAGAGGCAGCGACAACGGGCAUGGACGACCAGCAGCAUUAUGGAACUGGAGAGGAGAUAGAGCUGGAUCUGGAGCUGGAAUGCCAGUAUCGACAUAGAACCUGUUAUGCUAACGUAUUGUGUUUGCAGGUUCGUUACGCCGCUACGGAAAUCCACCCAACAAAGUCCGCUCGUGCGCGUGGAGCGUACUUGCGUGUCUCAUUCAAGAACACCCGCGAGACUGCCCAGGCUAUCAACGGAUGGAAGUUACAGCGCGCUGUCAAGUUCCUCGAGAAUGUCCAGGAGCACAAGGAGGCCGUCCCAAUGAGAAGAUAUGCCGGAGGAACUGGUCGCGCUUCGCAGGGAAAGCAAUUCGGUGUUUCCCGUGCUAGAUGGCCAGUAAAGUCUGCCGAGUUUUUGCUCGGUCUUCUCAAGAACGCUGAGGCAAACGCGGAUACCAAGGGUCUCGAUACUGGCAACCUUGUCGUCAAGCACAUCCAAGUCAACCAGGCCCCAAAGCAACGUCGCCGAACAUACCGUGCCCACGGUCGUAUCAACCCAUACAUGUCCAACCCAUGCCACAUCGAACUCAUCCUGACCGAAGGCGAGGAGGUUGUCCAGAAGUCGAGUGCCGUUGAGGGUCGCGAGGCUCACUUGAGCUCGAGACAACGUGGUGUCCGAAGCCGCAAGGCCAUCGCUGCUGCAUAAAGGGGUUCAAUUUGUUUUCGGUUUGGGCUUGGCAUCAUGAGGGUUUUGCGAAGGGUGUAGGGGGGAAUCCUUGGAGUGAGCUGGCUUUUCUUAUUAGAUGGCUGUAACUUCAAAAACUUAGCUGGUCACCCUUGGC